ACAGUUUUAUGUGACAACACUGGCCACACUGCUUCAACAAACGCAAAAAAAACCACCGCCCGCACAGUCUCAUCGCGCAUCGCUGUAUUUGUUGUUGCUGCACUGCUUUAUUGUUAACAAUUAACAACAAAAAUAACACGGAGGCGUACUGAAGCCGCAGCGAGUCGAAAAUUGCCAAGGCGUUCGAAACCGAAGCGAAAUCCAACCGAGAACGCGCGCGAGAUGCAGAAAAGCCAAACGCCGCGAGCUUUGUUUAUGUGUAUAGAAAAAUAACACGGGAAAAUCCAAGUCCCUCAGUGUGCAAUAUAGCAAAAAUAUAAAUAAAAGCGGGGGCAGGGCAGAAAUUGCUGAAUAAAUCGCGUUCGAGAGGUUUACCAAAAAGAUCGGCAAAAUUAAUUUCCGUCGCAUUAAAAUCUUUACAUCAAAACUGGAUUAUAACAGAUCCGUUGAUAUUGGCACUCAGCAGGAAAACAACUCGGGGGUAACCAACAAAAUGGUGAAACGCACCGACGGCACCGAAUCUCCCAUACUGGCUGAAGACGGUGGCGAUGGUCAUGACAAACCGCGAUUGCGCUACGGGGAACUAGUGAUACUCGGCUACAAUGGUUACUUGCCACAGGGAGAUCGCGGCCGGCGACGCUCCAAGUUCGUGCUGCACAAGCGAACGGAGGCCAGCGGCGUUAAGCGGUCCAAGCACUACAUCGUCCAGUCGCCACAGACCUCGAAGGCCAUCCUGGAUGCCAACCAGCACUCAAUCUCGUACACGCUCUCACGCAACCAGGCGGUAAUCGUCGAGUACAAGGAGGACGCGGAAACGGACAUGUUUCAGGUGGGACGCUCCUCGGAGUCACCCAUUGACUUUGUGGUGAUGGACACGCUGCCCGGCGACAAGAAGGACGCCAAGGUGAUGCAGAGCACAAUUUCUCGCUUCGCCUGCCGCAUCCUGGUCAACCGCUGUGAGCCUGCCAAGGCAAGAAUAUUCGCCGCCGGCUUUGAUUCGAGCAGAAACAUAUUCCUUGGGGAGAAGGCCACCAAGUGGCAGGACAACGUGGAAAUCGAUGGCCUGACCACCAACGGCGUGCUAAUUAUGCACCCCAAAGGAUCGUUUUGCGGCGGUAGUGCCAAGUGCGGACUCUGGCGUGAAUGCUCCGUGGGCGGCGAUGUCUUCAGCCUGCGCGAGUCGCGUUCGGCACAGCAAAAGGGUCAGCCAAUCUACGACGAAUGCAACAUCCUGCAGGAUGGCACACUUAUUGAUCUCUGCGGCGCAACUCUGCUCUGGCGUUCCGCCGAGGGUUUGCAGCACUCGCCGACCAAACAUGAUUUGGAGAAACUUAUCGAUGCCAUCAAUGCCGGCCGUCCGCAGUGCCCGGUCGGCCUGAACACGCUGGUUAUACCGCGCAAAGUUAACAUUGGGGAUCAGGUGAACCAGCCUUAUGUGUACUUAAACUGUGGCCAUGUCCAAGGCCAUCACGACUGGGGUCAGGAUGUCAACACUGGCGCCCGCCGCUGUCCCAUGUGCCUGGAGCUGGGUCCAGUGGUCACCCUGUGCAUGGGCCUGGAGCCGGCCUUCUAUGUGGAUGUUGGGGCCCCGACAUUUGCGUUCAAUCCGUGCGGACACAUGGCGACUGAGAAAACUGUCAAAUACUGGGCCAAUGUGGAGAUACCGCACGGCACCAACGGAUUCCAGGCGGUGUGUCCCUUCUGUGCGACGCCCUUGGACGGUGCGACUGGCUACAUUAAAUUAAUAUUCCAGGAUAAUCUAGAUUAAAUUUAAUAUAAAAUCGAUAAGCGAUUAACAAUUGUAUUUACGUCUAUAGAUACAUAGAUACUGUAGUAAUUGAACGAUGUCCGAGUUUGAAGCAGGCAUUAAAACUAGGCUUUAUUUAUUAUAAUUAAUUAAUUAAUUGAUUAAUAUUUAAUGCAGCUGAAAGGCGGAAGCCGUUUUUGAGCGAACACUGAAGUGUCUCUGUCUGUGCUUGAGUUUUGCAUUAUGUUUAGCAAAUCAAAGCGAUUAAUUGCGAAAUUAACGAAAGCCGAUCCCCCUUCCCGAUCGCAGUUGCAUGUUCAAGUUUCACGUUUGAUUUCCGUUACUGUAUAAUGUAAAAAUGAUUUCAAAACAAUGAAAGCGAAGCCAGCUGGCGCAGCAUUGAACGCAAUGAUUAAUAAUUGUAUAAGUUGAUAUCGAAUGUAAAUCGCAGAUAUAUUUAUAUGGCCAGCCACAGGCAAAGAGCAUUGAUUGUGUAUAAUUGUGUAAAAACAAAGCAAAGAUGGAAAUGUAAUCGUUAAACCCAAUUAUUCGCAAUAAUCCAUUGCAAACUACCCGACAGCAGCAACAUUUACGUAUUUCUCACCAAAUCUAGAGCUUACAUUUAAAACGAAGAUAGGAAACGAACGAAGGAACACAAUUAUAAACGAUUUAGAUUCAGUAAACGACGUAAUGGUAAAGCAUUAUUCUAAAUAACAAAUAACAGAGGAAUUACCUAAACCGUAUGAACCACAAUAAAACGAUGUACAGUUUCAAGAGCGAGUUCAUAAUAGCAUUAUCUGUAUCUGUAUAUCUAGAUCUAGAUCUAUAUGUAUCUGCAGAGUCUACGGAUGUAUAUGUACGUUGAUAUUCAUUUUCUGCCCCAAAUCGCGCAUUAUGCAUUACUAAGUUAGGUAAUCUUACACACCCUAUAAUUAUGAAUUACGAUUAUUUGUAUUAUUAUUCUUAUUUUGUAUGCAUUAAACACUUUCGUGUGUGUUCAUUA